AUGAACACAUUUUACCAGUUCCAGUUAUUACUACUAUGGUGCGUCUACAGUUGGUCGGGGGAGAGUGCUGUAUUAGAUCCAUCUCUCUACUUAUCUCCAAUACCUCCGCUGACUGAUCGUACCGACAGCAUCGCACCAGCGGCAUUGUGGUCUCGCUCAGCUAUCAAGCUAAUGCCUGGUUCCAGUGCUUCAUCAUCACAAGUAGUAGACGAAAGAUCACAAAUACAAAAACGAAAACCAAAUCCAGUGGAAAAAGCUAAACUUUUCUGGCCGUCUCUACGUCCAUCCCACUACAGCGUUGGGACGGGCAACAUCCAAGUUCCUUUGACAUUCAGCCUAUCUGGACUCUAUGGUAAAUACGCACCCGGUGCGGUGGGAACUGGUAUUAUAGGAAGCAGUUAUGGCACCAUAUCUGAUAUUGGCGGUACAGCAAUUUCAACAUUGGCUGGUAAUGGCUAUGGAAGUUACCGUACAUACCCUGGUUUAAGAAUCUAUGGUCGUGAAAAUGGACCAACUUGGAGCGGUUGGAGCAACGGUAAAUGGGGCCAUUAUGGCAAAGGAUAA